UCGCAAUCUCACCCACAGAGAGGAACAACGUCGACAGAGCCAGACACAGCCACAGCCACAGCCACUUCUGGAAUCCAUUGCAGGAAGAACAAAGAAAUUAAUUGCCUCCCCGUUUUAGGGCUACAAUACUCGCUUUUUGAGGAAAAUGGGAAGUGCUGGAAAAACCGACUAUGGUGCGUACACGUACGAGAAUCUCGAGAGGGAGCCGUACUGGCCAUCCGAGAAGCUUCGGAUUUCCAUUACGGGCGCCGGUGGAUUCAUCGGGUCCCACAUCGCGAGGCGUUUGAAGAGCGAGGGGCAUUACAUUAUCGCUUCGGACUGGAAGAAGAACGAGCACAUGACGGAGGACAUGUUCUGCCAUGAGUUCCACCUCGUCGAUCUUCGCGUGAUGGAGAACUGUCUGAAAGUCACUCAGGGUGUCGACCACGUCUUCAAUAUGGCUGCUGAUAUGGGCGGGAUGGGCUUCAUCCAGUCGAAUCACUCCGUCAUCAUGUACAACAACACGAUGAUCAGCUUCAACAUGAUCGAGGCUUCGAGGAUCAAUGGCGUCAAGAGGUUCUUCUACGCUUCGAGCGCUUGUAUCUACCCGGAAUUUAAGCAGCUCGACACCAACGUUAGCUUGAAGGAGUCGGAUGCGUGGCCUGCCGAGCCUCAAGAUGCGUACGGUUUAGAGAAACUAGCGACGGAGGAAAUAUGCAAGCACUACAACAAGGACUUCGGAAUCGAGUGUCGGAUAGGACGUUUCCAUAACAUUUACGGCCCCUUCGGGACGUGGAAAGGCGGGAGGGAGAAAGCGCCGGCGGCGUUUUGUAGGAAAGCUAUAACUUCUGCCGAUAAGUUUGAGAUGUGGGGCGACGGUUUGCAGACUCGAUCUUUUACGUUCAUCGACGAAUGCGUCGAGGGCGUUUUGAGGCUGACGAAGUCCGAUUUCCGCGAGCCGGUGAACAUUGGGAGCGAUGAGAUGGUGAGCAUGAACGAGAUGGCGGAGAUCGUCCUGAGCUUUGAGGACAAGAAUCUCCCGAUCCAUCACAUCCCGGGACCGGAGGGCGUGCGCGGUCGAAACUCCGACAACACGCUCAUCAAGGAAAAGCUCGGGUGGGCCCCGUCGAUGAGGCUGAAGGACGGGCUGAGGAUCACAUAUUUCUGGAUAAAGGAGCAAGUCGAGAAAGAGAAAGCUAAGGGAGUCGAUUUGUCGGCUUACGGAACCUCCAAGGUCGUUGGGACCCAAGCUCCCGUCCAGCUCGGGUCUCUCCGCGCCGCUGAUGGCAAGGAGUGAUCGAGUUGAUGAAACGAUUUGGUGCGAUACAAGUACUAUAUAUAUAUAUACAUAUCUAUCUACAUCUCUAUAUAUAUAUAUUUAUAUAGUUGCCCUAUAUGUUGUUUUGGUGUUGCCUUUUUUAAGUUAUUUGCUAUUGAUUGCUCGUAUUUUUGCUGGUUAACGGUUAACGAUGCUCGUAGAUUGUUUGUUUGUUUUGAGUACUGAAUGAUUGUCGGCUAGACCCGCUCGAAUGCCAAAUAUUUUCGAAUUUUAUUGAGUU